AUGUCCAAUAUGCAUAUCUUCAACUCUGCUUCACCUAAACUCGACCUCUCAAAUGCGCCUUCUCAGCUAUUCCAAGUACCGGCCUCCACAGCUUCCACAUCACUCUAUUCUCUUUCAGUUAGUCGCAAGCGAACACGUAAUACAGAGAAACUUUCACCUUUUGAGUCCAGUUUCACUGGGUCUCCGAUGAUCCACUCCAACUACCGCUCAGUAAGCGGAGGAAACGAUUUCCACGCUUCUGCCGAGCUAGACUACCGUCCGAACCGAUACCGCGACUCCUUCCUUCCACCCUCCUUCGAUUCCAGCGACGAGUCAACAAACCUAGCAGACUACAACGGCAGUCGCAAGCGAAGCCGCCUCGACUCUUGCAUCGUAUCCGCAAACCCCGAUGGCCCCAGUACCACGACUUCCACAGGCUGGGGCCAGACCGUGAUCAAAGCCGUUAGCAAAGUCCUCGAUUUAUGCUGGGCUGGCGCCUUCCGAGGAUUCUACGCAGGCGGAGGACAGGGCUAUGACAUGUCAUCUGGACCAGCAACAACUCUCGAAUCUAGCUGGCAGCCCUCAACCAGCCCAUCCGCCGAGAAAGACAUCUACACCCCGAACACAUUCUGCUCGACACCCGUACCCGGUCAAUAUCCAGACGAUGAGGUCGACCGAAGCUGGGUCGUGGUACCCGAAAGCUCGGAUCCAUCCAUGGGUAGCAGCGAGCUAGCUAGCCCGUCACUCCGUGCACGACGCAUUUUCCAAGCAUCGAGUCCUCGUCGCAAAUCUACCGUUAUGCCCCGGCUCGCUAAACGAGCCGCUUAUUCUUCUACCGGACCCCACUCGCCAACUAAAGGACAGGGCCUUCCAUCCCCUCGAUCGAGGGAUGCUCCUGCGUCUGAUAUACAACGACAGGCUGCUAAGAUGCGCCGAAAGGAACGAGAAGAAGAUGCCAGUAUCCAGCGAUUGAAUAAGCAGUUACAGGCGAUGAUUCGGGAAGGUAAGGAGGCGUUGGGGACGACGGUGGUAGUGGACGAUGUGGACAUGUAUGACUCUGAUUAG